AUGGACACGUUUAGAAGGUUGCGCUCUCGCAAGAAAGACAAGGAGAUAUUGGACUACCCUGCAACGAGAGUCAGUGGAUCGGAGAACGAUCCAAGUACGAAUACAUGGGAGCCCAUCUCACCCAAAGCCUCAGUGGCUGUCCCAAAUUACCACUAUGGCGCAACGAGUAGGCGGGAGAGUCAGGAUAAAACCAGGCUGUCCAGACAUCCAAGCGAACAGAAGCCAUAUACAUCAAGUGGACAUACAGGAGAAAGCUUGCAAAAAGCACUCGAUCGAGCUGCUGAAUCUGUCAGUAAUCAAGAGCCCGAACAGCGUACAUCGUCGUUCAACGCACGACUUGCUCCUGAGAAGAACCCCAAAUCCGAGCUUUCGUCGACAUCUGCCCCUCCUCGAAAACCAACGAAGACGUUCGACGAGGAUGAUAGCAAGCAGAACGACACUAAGAAGUCGCCCAUUGACAGGCAGCGUUUGCGGUACGAUUCAGGCUCGAAAUAUCAGGAAGAGGUCGCCAACCGUAAUGCUCAUCAGAUCGCUGCUCAACGCGCCUCAUCCCUGCGGCGCCCGGUGGACUACGAACGUGUUAUGGUAAAUACUCAACGUUCAGCUUUUGCGCAAGCAGAACCAUACAAUCAUCGGUCGGCAGAUGCAGAUGUCAGCAAUCGGCAUGUCAUGGACAUGACUGCUCAUUAUUCGCGUCAGCCCAGCUUUCGUGUGAGAGAGCCGUCCGAUCCACUGCCCGUGAUCUUGCAGGAGGGAUCAACUGAGGAUGUUACCCACAUUGAUCGCGGCGUUGAACUGGUCAAAGAAGCGGAGAAAGAGCUAGAGCGGGCUAAAAGCAAAUGGUUACAGGCGCGUCAGCAAAUCCAGAUCCAGGAUGGUUUGAACUUCGACGCACCAUUACCGGAAUCUCCUCGCCACAAAGGCCCGUUACGAGAUUCGGGAAUUUCAUACACCACAAGGUCAGUACCUGAUGCUCCCGAUGCACUAUUUCGAAACGAUUCGACCAGGUCCAGGCAAAACAGCUUUACUCCCAGCGUGGCUGGCCCUGAGCAUUUAGGCUCAGCUACGCUAUCUGGGACAGUUCCUCAUACUCAUGGCGGCUUCGCAAAUACACCAGUGUCUCGACAUCUCAAUGGCAAUCCCACGCUUGAUUCUCCACAACGCUCUGGUGGAUUGCGCGGUCCAGCUCGUGUAAGCAAAUCCACCGUAUACAAGAAGGUUACAGUUGGUAAUCGAACCAUUAUGGAUCUUACUGGAGAUGACAAUGACGAAGACGUUUCAAUAUCGUCGUAUAGGCAGACGCCUACUAUUGAAGAUGCGCGUGCCAAUCCUUUCCAGAGAGUAAUACCCACUGUAAUCGAUCAUGCUUCUACUCCUGAAGACAGGCCUGAAGCUACCAUAAUACCGAGUUCUCAACAAUUUAAAGCACGCGAGCCCGUGCUGGACUUGGAUCAGCUUGCCCGUCGUUCACAGCAACUUUCCCAGAACGCGAAGUUCCUCGCCGCCAACUCGACUUUGUCCAAUGUCAAUGCAAGGGAGACUCCCACACUAGUACCUUCGAAUGCGCUAUCCUUUUCAGCAAUUCAAACCCUCACGUCGACUACGCCACCGGAAGCCAUCACAUUCUCAACAAUAAAUACCAUGUCGUCUAUAUCACCACGAUCAAGCAAGGAUAUCUUAAUCACACGUGGUGAUGCUGAUGCGAAAUCGUGCCCACAACCAUUGAAGAAAGACAAGGCGGAUGGAACACCGCAGCUUGGAGAACAAUUUAUAAAACACAGAUUGUCCGCAAACAUCUCGCCACUUGUGCAGAUUUUCGCCGACAUCCGACCGGAAGAAGUGGAAUCUUCACAACAGCCAGGUCCUGCCAGACCCGUACCAGCAAGAAUAGAUUCGGGAAGUGGAAAGUCUUCAAAAGAAAGUAGAUCGUCGUCCAAGAAGGCUGGGAAACGACGAGAAAAAGCUGAGGAAGUCGAAGCUAUUCGGAUUGCGGCAAAGAGCAUUAUUCCUGCUGGUCCGCUCGACCAGGAGCCAAUCGUGGGGGUUAAAGCACGAGACUUUGCAGUGUUGCCACUCGAGAAACCUGUAAACAAAAGAGUUGUAGCAUUGAAUGAAAGAAAAGUUCCAAACAACGAAGUCAGGACACCCUCACAAGACCGGACGGGGUCUCGCAAGUCUUCCAGCGAACGCAAAGGACGGAGUGUUUCGAAAUCUGCGAGCAAAGUGGCUUUUAGUGAAAUGCCGCCAAGCACUGUGGUCACCGUUGUUAAAUCGCAGAAAAAGAGUGAACGACAAAGCAAGAAAAAGAGUUCCAAGCAGGAUUCUAGUACGACACGAAGAACACGAAACAAGCCCACGUUCGAUGAAGAAGCUUUCCAGAAGAAGCAUGCAGAGGCAAAUGCAGCUCUUCUGCGGCUACAACAGAGUCUGCAGGCGAGUUUAGAGGAUGGUGCACUUCUGCCUGACACAUUCAGACAGCCUGUGACUCUGGAUGAAGGAAUACUUCCACUCCAUACUACCGCACCAGGAAUAUCAUCCGAUCAAUCAUCACCAUCGGCCGCUGUUAUUGCCAUGAUAACAGCGGCAACUUCAAGGCCAGGGCUAAAUGCAAAGACAGGCUCAGAAGUUAUGACAAGAGCCCGAGACACGAGACCAGGCCCACCCAUUCGGGCGGCCACUGAAGGCGAUCCGCCAUCGUUUCUAGUCGCCACCUCGAAGACAACACAAAAGAUUCUAGCAAACCCGCAUCUAGCUAGGGUCGAUGCUAGCCACAAACCACCGCCAUCGCCUGGUGAAGUUUCACUUUCUGCUUUUCCGAUACCAACUCCUCGAACUCGAUCACCGGAAAGCACAGGCCCGCCGGCCUACCAGAAAGACAUUGGGGCUCCUGCUAGAAGAGCUAGCCAGGGCUCGCGAACAUCUUCGGCAUCAGCAUUCAGCAUCCCUUUUACGAUGGUACCGAACCGCAUUGCAAGCUUGCUCGAAAAUCGGGUUGGCUUGCCUGGUCCACCUGCGCCACCACAAUUAGAGUCGAUUGAUGCUAUGAUACCGGCUACUGGCUCUGUGUCUGUAUCGUCUGCAUGA